GUGAUGGUCCUGCGUCUCAGGCGGGCCAAACGUGCUGCCAGGAAACAGCUGCAAUUGUCGGAAUUUUACAAGGGUCAAAGGGUGAUGCAGGUCAAAAAGGAGAGCCGGGUGACGACGGCAGAGGCCUGCCGGGCAAGAUGGGACCAAGAGGUUUUGUGGGGCCAACCGGGGAAACUGGUGUCAAAGGUCAAAAGGGUGAGCCAGGGGAGGCACCAGACGACUCCAACCAGCGGGUAGCAUUCACCGUGGUGAGGACGGGCCACUCGGAUACCUCUACGAGUGGCGCCACCCGUUUGCCCUUCCAGGCGACCGAGACGCUUCUGCCGGGUACCAGCUUCGAUCUCGAGACCGGCGCGUUCACGUGUGGUGUGCCGGGCACCUACGUGUUCAUGUUUUCUGUGUGCAAAUAUCCUUCCAGCAGCCGCCUGUACGUUCAUCUCCGGAAGAACGGCGACGUGGUUGUCUCUGGCCUUAGCAAUGAUUCAAGUCACUUUGAGCAGGUGUCUGGGAGCGCGGUGGUGGUUCUGCAGCGUGGAGAUACGAUGUAUCUCACAAUGCACGGUAGGGCGCAUAGUAAUUCCUGGCACUACACCUCAUUCAGUGGCUUCCUCCUUUACCCCGAAUAAACACAA